CACAGACUUCCCCCGCGCCUAAUAAUACUUUUGCUACGUACGGUGCGAAAAAAGUUCAACACGUAAAGCAGUGAUGACGUCAUCGCGCUCCGUUCCUUGAGUGCAUCCAGUAAGCGUCGACGUCAUCGCUGCUUAUUUAUCGGCUUUGCGUAAUGACGUCAUUUCCCACGGCUCUCGACCGGUUUGCGGCGUCCAGGACAUGACGUCAUCGAGCACAGUCCCAAUGCAAGCUCAAUUUAGCAUACUGACGUCAUCACGAAAUUCUGUCGUAAUGGCAGGUUCUGGCGUGAUUACGUCAUCAGAUUUUCCCGGCGUAAUUACGGUUGUGGUGUACGUACGUCAUCGCGCAGUCCCGGUGGAAUUGCGGUUGUGACGUGAUGACGUAUGUGCGCAUUCCUCUCGCGACAACGUUUGAAAAUACGUCACAAAACAUGGACGCGCAUCUUUCGACGUCACCAGGGUAACCAAAAGGUGAUGUCACUGUUGGAGCGACCAGAAGGCCCGGUGACGUCAUCGAACCGCCGACACUUCUUCGCGGAUAUCCGAUACGCAAUUUUUUUUGCGUGACGUCGCCGCAGCACCCCCACCCCGUUCUGUCACCAGUCGCGAUGACGACACCGUCACGACCGGCGGUCCCCAACGGCGACGUCACGUCCGGUAGUUGAUACCCAGCGGUGUGUGUGUGGGCGGUGACGUCAUCAUCACGCGGCUGCCGUGACGUCAUGUCACCCGCGCGCGCACUUUGACGUCACCCCCCGCCGUCGCCACGGCAACCCCGCGGCGUCCACCGCGCGUGGCGUCUUAAGAAUUCCCUCUGAAGAGCCUCAAGAAAGUUUAAAACAACAACAAGAAGGCACCUGUGUGGGGGUGUGUCCCGUGGCGUUGGUCAAGCGAUGUCAAAGCUCAAGAACCCCGGUGCCAAACCCCUCCACACGAGGAAGAAGGACGGGGAAGUUCGGAGCAGCGUGCGUUUCAAGUGCUCCCUCAACAACACCAUCCUGGACGUGCAGCAGAGGCCUGGCUGGACCGAGGUCAAAGACGAUGGCGAGUGGGACUUCUACUGGUGCGACGUGGGAUGGAUGCGUGAUAUGUACGACCACGUGUUCAUGGAGGAUCAUGUUCGCAUCUGCCACUUCCGCAACCAUUACGAGCUGACGCGUAAGAACCUCAUGGCUAAGAAUCUUCGGAGGCUGAGGAGGGCACAGGAGAGGGGACGCAACGCUGGAGGUGGUGGAGGUGGUGGAGGUGGUGGUGGAGGUGUUGCUGGUGGUGGUGGUGCUGGUGUGGUGGUGUUGCUGGUGGUGGUGGUUGUGGUGGUGGUGGUGGUGGUGUUGCUGGUGUGUUGGUGGUGGUGGUUGUGGUGUGUUGGUGGUGGUGGUGUUGGUGGUGUUGCCCCGCUUGACUUCUUCCCGCUGACCUUCACGCUGCCGGCUGACUACCACCUCUUUGUGGAGGAGUUCAAGCGCAGUGCCGGCCUCGUGUGGAUGAAGCCGGUAGCCAAGUCUCAAGGCAAAGGAAUCUUCCUCUUUCGCAAGCUCAAGGACAUCGCAGACUGGAAAAAGGAUGCGGUGCGGGCGGAGGAGGCACGGGACGAGGCGAUGGCCGUGGAGAAUUACGUGGUGCAGAGAUACAUUGAGAAGCCCUACCUCAUCAGUGGGAGGAAAUUCGAUCUCCGCGUGUACGUCCCUGUGUACAGUUUUGUUCCUCUGCGAGCGUGGUUGUACCGUGAAGGCUUCGCACGAUUCUCCAGCGCUCGCUUCUCCCUCGACUGCAUCGACGACAACUACGUCCACCUCACCAACGUCGCCAUUCAGAAGACCGCUCCAGACUACAACCCGGACAAAGGCUGCAAGUGGAGCCUGCUGAGCCUACGCCGCUACCUAAGCGCCCGGCACGGCGAGGCCGCCACAGCCGCCGUCUUCACCGCCAUGGAGGCGACCUUCGUGGCCAGCCUGCGGAGCGUCAGCGGAGUCAUCAUCAGCGACAAACACUGCUUCCAGCUCUACGGUUAUGACGUGCUGCUAGAUCACCUGCUACACCCGUGAGUG